AUGAUUUAUGUAAAAAAUAUUGUGAUAAAAAAGGGCGAUUGCCAUUAGUGAUGUUAGAAAAUCAAAUUAGGGAGGAUAAAGAGGGUGGAAACGAUUUUAAAGUUCGUUUUGUAUUAUUUGUGUUGGGUGCAUUAUUGUGCCCAACAAUGAAGCUUUUUGUGAAUCGUUCUUUCUUACAUCUUGUGGAAGACAUCGAUUCAAUAAAGAAGAUGAAUUGGGCAGAAUUUGUGUUGUCCUAUCUUGUGCACGGGAUUGAAGAGUUUAAGAAGAAACAACAAAGUGGGGUUUGCGGUUGCUUAUUGUUUUUAAUGUUAUUCUACCACGAGCAUAUAUCGUUUGAAGAGAAAUUUCUACCGCUAUAUACUCGACCUUCUCCUCGGAUUACUGCUUGGGAAGAUGAUGAAGUAUUGGACAGGAAACGAAGAUUGAAAAAACUUGGUGGAUAUGCAAAUGAGAAUCUCAAAAUAUGGGUGAUAGAAAAUGAGAUAAAGGAUUACGUUGAUGGAAAUGCAACAACAAUGGCGAGUGAGAAUGAGGACGAUGAGAAAUUUGUAAUCAAUCUAAACAAAGAUGUUAUUAAAUGA